UCAACGUUUUGUACCUGUUGGCUUUCCAUAUAUGAAUGUUUACGUAAACUGUGACGCCAGUGGCGACGUCACCGGUUGCUAUGGUUGUAGAUUUUGUUGAACACAUCCGGGGUGGCCCCAAAUUCCCAGAUCGUGUUUGUUUAUCACAGUUCUCUAUCCAGGAAUGGAAAGCGAAUUAACUCCCACAGCAUCUUAUAGUAUGUACAUAAACGAAGUUUCGUGCACAGUAAUGUGAUGUUUGUGUAAUUCUGUGAGGUGACAUCAUGGCGGAUGAUGGUGAGUGGGUGCUUGAAAGCAUCGCAGGAUAUCUGAGCAGCCCGGACUGGAUCAUUCCCAUCGGGGACUUCACGGAAAAUAAUUGCUCAGUGUUUGAUGAUGAAGACGAGAAUAAACUGACUUACACAGAGAUCCAUCAGCAAUAUAAACAACUGGUGGAGAGGUUACUGGACAACUACAUGCAGGAGGUGGGGAUUACAGAGGAGCAGUUUCUAGAAGCUUCAUCCGCUCUUACAGCUAAUAAAACUUUACAGGCGGUUUUCCAGCCGGUUCUUGCUACAGAUGAUUUUCAGAUGUUUCGCUCUCUGAUGGUUCAGAAGAACAUGGAAUUACAGCUGCAGGCUUUACACGUCAUUAAAUUACACGGUGGUCUGCCCGAGUGUCUGACAGAUGGUGUGGAUGUCAUGAGUGAACUGGAGAAGAAGGAAAUGAACAUUCUUCAGGAGGUUCUUAGGAGGUCAAAGGAGGAGUAUGAGCUGGAGAUAGCAGAAAGGAUAGAGGAGAAAGAGGAGACGGCCUCCACGUCCAGCAGUUUAUCUGAAGCGCUCCUGGGAACAGCGUGUGAUUCUGUGAACGGUAUCAAUGGCACUUCACAAGAGAACGAGCUGAAGGAAUAUGGAGUCCUGAAGACUUCACCUCCGUCAUGUGAGAGAAAGACACUACCUGCUGUAAGGCCACCUGUGAAGGGUUCUGAACCUGCCGACCAUAUGACUUCAGAGAUCAUGAGCGACUGUGACAGCUCCAGACGUCUUACUGACGAGGAGGGUCUACAGCAGCGCACUGAGUAUCUGAAGCAGCAGAGAGAUAAAUUGCAUGCUCUGAAGAGAGAUCAGACACUAAAGACCCCCACAGAAAGAGCUCCUGUGGCUCCGGACCCCAGACACCACACACAGGAAAUCUCUGUUGAAGAGAAGAAGAAGCUGCAGAAAAGAAAACACCUGGCAGAAAAACUCAAAGAGGAAGUCAUCAAGAAAUAAUAAUGCUGUGGAGCUUGAGGUUACUCAGUUUUGUAUAGGAUUUCAUUUGUAUUUUUUUAUCAAAAAAUCUUGUAUUAGACAGUGGUCUGACAUGAUCUUCUAUGAACACCUGUAAAAGAGAACUUACAGUCAUAGAGAGGUAGGUGUCAAACUCAGUUCCUGGAGGGCUGUUGUCCUGCUGACUUUAACUCCAAAACAACUACAACACACCUGCUGUGAAAUUUGAGAUGAUCCUGAAGACCUUGAUGAUAAUGUUUUGGUGUGUUUAUUUAAGGUUGGAGCUAAACUCUGCCAGACACCGGAGACCUCUGCAAUAACACCUUUGAAAAUUAUAUUCAAUCAAACGGCUUGGACCAGAGCUGUUGAAUAUAAUGUUCACCAAAGCAUGAUCUGUUGUGUUUGUACAUAUACGGCACUCUGAUGUUCACUGAUGUUGUUUGGCAGGACAAAAGUGUUUUCUUUUCUUAUACAUUAUAUGCAUAUUUUGUUAUUUCACGAAUCCUUGACAGCUGUUUGUUUGAAAAUGUCAAUAAAUUACCUUUUUUUUUCA